CAUUGGAAAAAUGCCCAACCCGCGCGAAUCAAUGUCCGCCUCCGAACCACCGCAACCGCUAAACCUUGACACCGCCGCCGUCCACCGCGCCGCCCUAUCCUCCCUUUCCCUACCGCCGGAGCCACCACCCUCUCACCCCGUCAACCCUUCCCCCGCCUCCCUCCCCCACUCCAAACUCAUCCCUAAAACCCGGUUCAUCGUCGACGGCUUCAAACACGCUGACUCGAAUUUCUCCGUCUCCUACUUCCUCUCCCACUUCCACUCCGACCACUACACCGGCCUCUCCCCUCAAUGGUCGAACGGAAUCAUUUAUUGUUCCUCCACCACCGCCACUCUCCUCCACCAAAUCCUAAAAGUUCCCCAAACCUUCAUUUUCGCCCUACCUCUCUCCCAAUCGGUGCUGAUCGACGGCUCAGAAGUUUGGCUAAUUGACGCUAAUCACUGCCCCGGUGCAGUUCAGUUCUUGUUCAAGGUCCCCGUGGAUAAUAAAAACGAUUGCAGUAGUGUGAUUAGGUUUGAGAAGUAUGUUCAUACUGGUGAUUUUAGGUUUCGUGAUGAAAUGAGGAAUGAGAGUGUGUUAUCCGAGUUUAUCGGCGCCGAUGCUGUGUUUCUAGAUACGACCUAUUGUAAUCCGAAGUUUGUGUUUCCGAGCCAGGAUGAGUCGAUCGAUUAUAUCGUUCGUGCAAUUGAGAGAAUCGGGGCUGAGAAUGAGGGUGAGGGUGAGGGAGUAAUUGGCAAAAAAGUGUUGUUUUUAGUGGCCACGUAUGUCAUCGGGAAGGAGAGGAUUUUGGUGGAGAUUUCUCGGCGGUGUAAGAGGAAGAUUCACGUGAAUGGCAAGAAGAUGGAGGUUUUGCGUGCUUUAGGUUUGGGAGAAAGUGGGGUGUUUACAGAGGAUGAGUUGGAGAGUGAUGUUCAUGUUGUUGGUUGGAAUAUGUUGGGGGAAACUUGGCCGUACUUUCGACCUAAUUUUGUGAAGAUGGAGGAGAUAAUGAGUGAGAGAGGUUACUCGAAGGUUGUAGGUUUUGUACCGACUGGGUGGACGUAUGAAGUCAAGAAGAAUAAGUUUGCGGUGCGAACAAAGGACUCUUUCGAGAUUCAUCUUGUUCCGUAUAGUGAACAUUCAAACUACGAAGAGCUUAGGGAGUAUGUGAAGCUUUUGAAGCCAAAGCGUGUUGUUCCGACAGUUGGCGCCGAUGUCGAGAAAAUUGACAGCAAACAUGCGCGUUCAAUGCAGAAGCAUUUUGCUGGAUUGGUUGAUGAAAUGGCAAUUAAGCAAGAAUUCUUGAUGGGUUUUCUUCGUGGUGGGAGUGAGAGAGUGAAUGGAGAGAAGGAUUGUCCUUUGACAUUUGAUAAAAGUAAAGAAGACGAGGUGGAGAAAUCCGUGCAGGAACUUCGCGACUGCUUGCCCAAUUGGGUAACUAGAUGCCAGAUGUUGGAUUUACUUAGCAGUUCCGAUGGAAAUGUAGUUGAAGCUGUUUCAAAUUUUUAUGAACACGAAACAGAGUUUCAUGAACAGGUUCUUUCCAGUACACCGGGCACCUCUUCUCUUCCAGGAAACUCAGAAAAGGAACCAGCUUUGCCUUUUGAAUCUCCUUCUGUCAAGAGCAUAAAUCACGCUGAGAAUAUUUCUCUCAGUCAAAGCUUUAAAUUAUCUAGUUCGGGAAUAAAGAAGAGUGCAAGUUCUCCUGGGAAAAGAAAGAGAAACAGUGAUAGCAAGGGAACAAAGAGAGCAAAGGCAGUUUCAACCCGGAAAUCUAGUGAUUCAAAGCAAUCCCCCAUAACUAAGUUCUUUAACAAAAAAAUGCUCGUGUCUGAAGAUAGUAAACCUGAAGCCGAAGUUAAUAAUAGUUGUGAUGAUCAAAGUAGGUUCUCUGCUGAUGCUACGGAAGUAUAUAAAGAAGAGGUGAAUCAGUUUCUCCAGAUUGUAAAUGGUGGUGAAUCAUUGAGAAGCUAUGCUGCCACCAUUCUUGAGAAGACCAAAGGGGACGUUAAUACGGCGCUGGAUACAUAUUAUAAAGAUAAUACUGCUACCACCAUUGUUGACACUAACGACAACAAGCUGGACGGUAUUAAAGUGAUAGAAUCUGAAUUUACCAAUAGAAUCUGCUCUGUGGACACAUGUGCUGAACUAUCUGAGAACAACGAACCUGAAAUCAAGUCUGAUAUACUCUGCGCUGCCAUACCCAAGAACAAUGACCCCGUAAAUUAUGUAUCUCUGCCUCCUGAAAGAUACUAUCCGGUCAAGCAUGCUUGCUGGAGGAAAGGACAGCUUGCUCCAUAUCUUCAUAUAGCACGCACUUUUGAUUUAGUUGAAGAAGAAAAGGGCAAGCUAAAAGCUACAUCAAUCCUAUGCAACAUGUUUAGGAGUUUGCUUGCCCUUGCACCCGAGGAUGUGCUACCCGCUGUGUACCUGUGCACAAAUAGGAUUGCCCCCGAGCAUGAAAAUAUUGAACUGAAUAUUGGUAGUAGCAUAGUUGUUGCUGCUCUGGAAGAGGUUUGUGGGACCAACAAAUCUAAAAUAAAGAAUCUUUAUAAUAGCCUUGGUGAUCUUGGUGAUGUUGCUCAGCUUUGCCGCCAAACCCAAUCACUGCUUGCUCCUCCAGCACCACUUACAAUUCAAGAAGUGUAUUCUGCUCUCCGGAAAAUAAGUGUACAAACAGGUACUGGCAGUACAACCAAGAAGAAAAGCCUAAUUAUGAAUCUCAUGCGUUCAUGUAGAGAAAAGGAGAUGAAAUUUCUUGUCAGAACUUUGGUUAGGAACUUAAGAAUUGGAGCUAUGAUGAGAACUGUUCUUCCCGCUUUAGCACAGGCCAUUGCAAUGAAUUCUGCAAAUGAAGGAGUUGCUGGAAACUCGAAGGAUCGUAUUCAGCGCCUGUCCGUAGCAGUAGUUGAAGCAUACAACAUAAUUCCAAACUUGGAUAUACUUAUUCCAUCUCUGAUGGAAAACGGGAUUGAAUUUUCGUCAUCAACCUUAUCAAUAAUUCCUGGCAUACCAAUCAAGCCAAUGCUUGCAAAAAUUACUAAUGGAGUGCCUCAAGUGCUGAAGAGUUUCGAACACAGGGCAUUUACAUGUGAAUAUAAAUAUGACGGCCAACGUGUUCAAAUUCAUAGAUUAGCAGAUGGUUCUGUACGUGUUUUCUCGAGGAAUGGUGAUGAAACCACAUUGAGAUUCCCUGAUUUGAUUGACAUAGUUAAGGAUUCCUGCAUUAAUGCAGCCGUUACUUUUAUUUUGGAUGCAGAGGUGGUUGCAAUUGAUAGGAAGAACAAUCUGAAGCUUAUGUCAUUUCAAGAACUAUCUUCCAGGGAAAGAGGGCGUAAGGAUUCCCUUAUUGAUGUAGAUAAAAUAAAGGUGGACAUAUGCAUUUUUGUCUUUGACAUCAUGUUUGCAAAUGGAGAGCAGUUCUUGAAUUUGCCCCUGCGUCAAAGACGAAAACAUUUGAAAGAUUUAUUUGGUGAAGAGAAACCAGGUUACUUCGAGUAUGCAAAAGAAAUGACUGUGGAAACUGAAGACGCUGAUGUAAAUAAUGAAGCAACGUUCAAUAGGAUGAACACUUUUCUUGAGGACGCCCUUCGUUCCUCGUGUGAAGGCCUCAUGGUUAAAUCUCUUGAUGUUGAUGCUGGCUAUACUCCUUCAAAGCGUUCCGAUGCCUGGUUGAAGGUCAAAAGAGAUUACGUUGAAGGACUAAGCGAUUCGUUGGACUUGGUUCCUAUUGGUGCUUGGCAUGGAAAUGGGAGAAAAGCAGGAUGGUUUAGUCCUUUCCUAAUGGCAUGCUAUAAUCCUGAUACCGAAGAAUACCAGAGCGUCUGCCGUGUAAUGUCUGGAUUUUCAGAUGCAUUUUACAUUGAGAUGAAAGAGUUCUUCAACACCGAGAGAGUUCUUUCCAAAAAACCACCGUACUAUCGAACGGCUGAGGUUCCAGACAUGUGGUUUUCACCUGAACUCGUGUGGCAGAUAAAGGGUGCCGAUUUCACAGUAUCGCCAGUUCAUCAUGCUGCCAUUGGUUUAGUACAUCCAUCUCGUGGCAUUUCAGUUAGAUUCCCUAGAUUUAUUCGAUCCGUAUCGGAUAGAAAGCCCGAAGAAUGUAGCACAUCUGCAGAUAUAGCCGACUUGUUCAGUUUGCAAACUCGGAAAAUGGAUGUAAGCAUCAAAAAAUGAGUACUUGUACAGUUUUGCACCAUCCCUGUUUCUUUUGUAAGAAUCUUUUUGCACAGCUUUUCACCGGAGGCAGGUCUCGUUUUUUGC